AUGUAUGGCUCCAAAGCCGAUAACGCGAUCGCCAAGCAAGAAUCCGGUCCCGAACCCUUCCAGGGCGGCUACGCGGACUUCAUCCAGUACGAUUCGUUGGAGGACGCUCGGAAGGCCCUUGCUCCCCCUCGGACGUCCAUGUUUGACGAUCUGUGCUUCUACUACCGGACUCACAGCAACCACCUGGAACUCACGCCGAACCCGGGAUCAGUAACCUUGUUUGCACAGAAGAUCGUCGCCUCGGAGUAUCUGCUCCUACUGAGCUACUACCGUUUCGUCCUUAAUCAUCUCAGCUGGACGUUGACGCGCAAGCACAGUCUGGGGGCCUUCGAUGUGGGUCGGGUGGAGCGCGCAUGGAGUGACUUACAAGCCUACCACCGCCGACUCAUGGAUCAUCGUCACAACGUAGGGCUCCUGAUUACAGCGCUACAGCUGCCUCGAGGUUCAGAGCGGGUCAGAUGUCACACGAGUCAACCAAGCGCACCAAGCUCUUGGAAGGACACUGCCUCAGAUUUCCUGCAUAUCGAAACCGAGCUGGAACGACUCAAGCAGCAUGCGGAGGGCUUGCAGAACUCCUUCACCAGUCUGGCUGGAAUCGUGGGAAAUCGGCAGUCGCUUGAUGAGGCACGGAGCGUCAGAGUCCUGACGGUUCUGGGCAUGACAUUCUUGCCGAUGUCGCUCGUCGCCGCGCUACUGAGCAUGAGCGGUGACUACUUGGCCGGCGAAUCAAGGUUCUGGGUGUACUGGGCGGCCUCUGUACCGUCCAUAAUUCUAGUUUUCGGUCUUUCGUGGCUUGCUGUCCAUACUAUGGGAAGCAAUAAGGGUCUAGCGUAGGUGGGAGCUCUGUUGCGUGUUCCUAGCCCCAAUCCGCGAACCGUGGGUCCGAAACCACUGAUCAAGUUCAGCCAUCACGUAGCCAGCUGCUCUUGUGCGUGCAUUGUGGCGAGGAUGUACCGCUGUAACCCUCGUUGCUUGUAGGCAGCCGAGAUUCCACAAGCCCAAACAGCUGGGUGAAGCAUCGGGGAAG